CAGAACGACGGCAAAUGUGUGCCGGGACAAGACGGCGCUCACACCUGCCUCUGCCCGCUAGGCUUCCACGGUGACGACUGUGAAGUCGAUCCUUGCAGUAAUUCACCAUGCCAGAACGGCGGAACUUGUUCCCGUAACAUCUUUAGCGAUGGCUUCGUUUGCGACUGCACCAAGGAAUACUACGGCGACACAUGCCAAACCCGCAACAACAAGUGCGACAACAGCCCUUGCCAAAACGGCGGAACUUGCGAGGUGUUUGGGGAGUCCCAGUUCUGCGUGUGCCCGGCGAAUGUCAACGGCCAAAGCUGCGAAUACAAUCCUUGUGCCAAGUUGCCGUGUGGGACUGGUACAUGCUUCGCAGCCUACCAGGACGAGUACCUGUGUAACUGCCUGGACGGACACAUCGGCAAGUGCUGCGGCGGGCAUGAUGCACCCGCACCCGUACCAGGGCAAUAGCCACAGUAAAAUUUACAUCGUGACGCACGGUUCUUGGUGUACAGUCAAGCCCCAAUUACAGAACAAAUGCAGGACUAAUGUUACAAGCUAUUUAGUUGCGUAGACAAAUUCAGUGUAGUUGCUGAGCUUCAAUCCCAAUUAUUUGUCCCGAUAUCAAUAGCUCAAGACUUAAUCAGUUAAGCAGCUGCUCAAUUUGUCUAAGCUGAUCAAAACAAUCGUACAGUGUUUUUUCCUCUCGAAAGUUAUCAGAAUACCGGGUUCUAUCUUAAAUUACCCGCUGAAUCUCCUUGUUGUUUAACGAGUAUGAUCGGAGGUGAAACUGAACAAUUUUAAAGGAUUUCAAGUCACGAUCUUAUAUUUUAAAUGUACUUCAUGACAAAACAA